AUGGCAGGGGCAGCAGUGCAGGCUGCUCGAACUCUCAUGAAGCGCUCACGUCGUGGACUCUUUGCUGGAAAGACAGUGCUGUCAGGGAACAACGUCAGCGAGGAUGGAGGAAAUAGGACCCGCCGAAUCUGGAAGCCCAAUGUCCAGCGCAAGGCACUCUACAGCGAAGCAUUGGACAGGAUGGUCCGCCUGAAUGUUACAACUGCAGCAAUGAGGACGAUUGAUAAGUAUGGUGGCUUGGAUGCGUACCUGCUGGGCACAACAGAUGAGAAGCUGGCGUCAGAUGUGGGCUCGGAGUUGAAGCAGCAGAUCAAAGCUACUCUAGCCAUGCAGAGGCAGCCGCAUGGCAUUGGCGUCCCUUCUGAACCGGCGACAUUUGCUGCUCGUGGGUCUGAAGCUUCGUCCAGCAGUGCACAGCCGGGGGAAAGCAGGGAAAGAAGUGGAUCUGAGCAGAAUGGGGAUGGGAACAGUGCAGCAGUUGCACCCAGGAGGGUGAGGCCAGACCUUGUGGAGAAAAUUGAGCAGAAGACACGGUGGGAUGGCUCUGUGACACAGGCAAUCAAGAAGAUAUACAGGAGACCGGUCUGGACAUAUACACCGUGAUAAUAUUGCUUGCACUUGCGCUGUGGAUCUCACGCGGAUGUCAUGCAUCCACUGCAUGAGAGUCGAGGCUUUAAAUCUCAGGCCUGGUCAAUGUGCAGAGAACUGGCAUAUUAGGGCAGAUUGCAGGAGUCCCUCCUGAAAGAUGCGUGCGAAUAACUUGAAUCAUGCAUGCAAGACAUUGGAGCGGCUGACAUUACCUGCUCUUGAUUUGCUUGUUGCAAUUGGCUUGCAGUUCUAUAAUCGACUGUGUGCUUCAAGAACAUGAGACACUGCCAGUCUACAGUGUAGCAAAUUGGCAUCCGAUUUAAGUCACUGAGUCUGGU